AUGUUAGAUGAGGAUGUUAUAGUGGGAGGAAAAUACCUAAUGGGGAGGAAAAUAGGCUCUGGAUCAUUUGGUUCUAUCCUCCUAGGUACUGAUAUAGAAAGCGCAAAAUUUGUAGCUAUUAAGUUUGAAAAGCCAUCACUUUCGUAGCAUCCAUAGUUACUUUAUGAAGCCAAAAUUUUAAAAUCUAUUCAUCAAAAAGAAAAGGUUAAAGGAAUACCGUAUGUUUAUUAUCACGGUACUGAAGCUGAUUUUAACAUCUUGGUAAUGGAUAUGCUUGGCCCAUCUCUAGCUGAUUUAUAUACUUUUUGUGGAAACAGAUUUUCACUGAAGACAACUCUAAUGCUUGCUGAUUAAAUGCUGGGGAGAAUAGACUCAGUUCAUAAGAAAAAUUUCAUUCAUAGAGACAUGAAACCAGAAAACUUUCUGAUGGGAAUUGGGAGAGACUCUCAUACAGUUUAUAUAAUUGAUUUUGGACUGAGUAAAAAGUUCAAGGAUGCAAAAACUCAUCAGCAUAUUCCUUAUAGAGAAAAUAAAAACUUAACUGGAACGGCUCGUUACGCAUCUGUAAACGCUCAUCUAGGUAUUGAAUAAUCUAGAAGAGAUGAUUUAGAGUCGAUUGGUUACAUUCUUACCUACUUUGUUAAUGUUAUGCUUUGGGCUACCAAGUAAGUUUUAUAUCUCUAGCUAAUCAUUGAAUUAGAUGAGUUUUCCUCAUACUUGAACUAUUGCAGAUCCUUGAGAUUCGAGGAUAGACCAGAUUAUUCUCAUCUAAGAAAGAUGUUCAAAGAACUGCUUGUGAGAUCUGGCUAUGAAUACGAUUAUGCUUUUGAUUGGGUUAUCUUAAAUGAUAAGCUUAUCAACUAAAAUGCUUUAAAUAUGGUAGACAAUGGUGAAGAAUAAGAAUCAAAACAAUCUAGCAUGGUACAAAAUGAUGAUAAAGAUAAAGAAGAAGAGAAGUCAGUUGAUUCAAAGGACAAGGAUAAAUCAGGCCUUAAUGAUGAAGAUAAUAAAAGUGGUAGAGAUUCAGACGAAGAAGAGGAAAAGGAUAAAAUGGAUGAUGAAAAUAAGAAUUCAGAUGAGGAUGGUGAGGAUAAAAAGAAAGAGGGAUUUGAAGAUGAGAUGGCAAAGACAGAUGCUUAGGAAACUUCAAAGAAAACUUCAAUUAUGGAAAAACUUGCGAGUUAGUAAUAAAAGCCAGUUAAAAAGUUCUUAAUGUAAGGUUAAGAGCAAAUAGAUCGUGAAGGUGCGGGUAAAGAUAAAGAUAAAAAUUCUAAAAAUAAGAAAGGCAAAAAAAAGCCUAAGAAGGAUGAAAAUUGCUAUAUAUUUUGA